AUGUUACCACGCGAGGAAACUACUAUCCCGACAAAAGCAUGGCCACCGCAGCGUGUUACUGGUCUGCAGAACCCACCGUUGUACCUCCACGUGACGAGCACGUCCAAAGAAGGACUUGAAAAGGCCGUUGAAUUGAUUGAUGAUCUCAUGAAGAAAGAGUUACCCAAUCUAGUGGAUGAACGACGAUUCCGCCGCCGUGAACCGGAAGUUGAGCGGGAUGAGUUCGGUCGCCGCAAAUGGCCCGAGGAAAAGAUUCCCGUCGGCCUGGAACCAAUUCCUGGGUUCAACCUUCGUGCGCAAGUCGUCGGACAAGGCGGCAUGUACGUGAAGCACAUUCAGCAGCAGACGAGAUGCAAGGUUCAAAUCAAAGGUCGUGGGUCCGGCUUCAUGGAGCCAAGCACCGGCAGGGAAAGUGACGAUGCUAUGUAUCUGCACGUUGCUGGCCCCGACGCCAACGAUGUCCAGCGCGCAAAAGCGCUAUGCGAGGACUUACUGAACAAUGUUCGCGAAAAGUACCAGGAACAUAAAGAAAACCCACAUCAGCACGGUGGCUACGGCGGCGGCUAUGGAGGGAAUCGCGGGAGCCGUCACGACAACUACGGAGUAGGCUACGGCGGCGGCUACGGAAGCCAGCACCAACACCAGCAAUCGCCUGCCCCCGCGACAGCUAGCCCAUCAGGCCAAGGAACUCCCGGAGCAACAAGCGCCGCGGACUACAGUGCGCAGUACGCCCAGUAUUACGGAUCCGACCCGUAUGCCGCCUACGGUGGGUACCAGAACUACGUUGCCUACUACCAAUAUUAUCAGCAAGCUGCGCAGCAGCAGCAGCAGCAGUCGCAGUCGCAGAGCCCUGCUCCUCCCCCUCCUCCUCCAGCAUCUGAGGCCCCCCCGCCACCUCCCCCGGGGUCAGGGUCUCCCCCACCACCUCCUCCCGGCGGCAGCUACAGCGCCGUUCCACCACCUCCAGGGCUCUGA